AUGGCAAACACGUUCACAAUCAAUGAUGAAGUGAGUGAUGAGGCUGCCUAUCUUUGUGAGACUGACUUUCCAAUUUCAACUGGGACACUCUUCAUCUUGAUCUUCAUUAUCAGUGUCAUAGGCAACAGCCUCCUCUUAUGUGUUCUCUUCAUCUACGAGAAACUGACAAGCGUCACAAAUAUUUUCAUCCUGAACCUGGUCUGCUCUGAUUUGAUCUUCACCAUCACACUUCCAUUUUGGGCCGUUGAUCAUUUUCACAACUGGGUCUUUGGGGAAUUUGUCUGCAAAUUCCUGACUGCUGCAUUCUUUGUUGGGCUGUACAGCAGUGUCAUUCUGCUGACUGCCAUGACAGUGGAUCGUUUCAUUAAAGUGGUGCUGCACAAGUGGCCCAGCAACCAUGCUAGAAAGAAGUAUGCAAUCGGUGCUUGUAUAUCUGCCUGGGUCAUCAGCAUCUCAGCAUCACUGAGUGAAGCCAUAAACGUAAAGGUGGUAAAGUGGGAUGGUUUUAACUAUUGUGAGGAUGGAUCUGAUGACAAGCUUGGACGUUAUCUCCAAGUAUCACUCCUAUUCUUCCUCCCAUUUGCCAUCAUUAUUUUUUGCUAUUCUUCAAUCCUCAAGACGGUUUUACAAGGUUUAAAGAAAAAGAAGCACACGACUGUAGCUUUGCUGUUGUGUAUUGUUGCAGCCUUCUUCAUUUGCUGGGGGCCAUACCAUAUUAUGCUUUUAAUCAAGUCUGUCUAUACACCCAAAGGUUGCAAGGCACAGGAGUGCUUGAGUAUCAUCUACCAUAUUUGUGAAAUGGUUGCCUAUUCUCACUGCUGUAUGAACCCUCUGCUGUAUAUGAUCUCACAGGAUUCGCAAAAGCAUCUGUUUAAUCUCUUGUGCUGUGAAAAACUGUGCAGGAAGAAGAGAGAGAAAGACACCAGUCAGAAGACUUUUGUUAUUCAGAAUGUAGCUUUCACAGCAGAGAGCUCUGUUGUUAAGAGUAACUGA